GAGACGUGGAGGGAACUUGCUCGACACAGACACGCCCGUUGUCUUAGAACAGAGUGAGGGAAAGGUCACGCUCCUCUAAUCUUUCUAAACAGGCCUCAUAAAAAACAUUUUGUUUAGGUUAAACUAAUUAUUAAUUGCAUUACCCCGUUAACGUUUCACUUCUGCUUAUCCUGCUAUGACAAAUGUCUGCUGUGAAAAAUGCACAACACAAGAAGUUUGGGAAACCACUAAAUUAGUCCCACUAUCAUGCAAGUACAUGUAAAGUACUUCAAGUCCCAUCCUUGAACCAGACUCUCUUACAUCAUACAAAAAACUUAUUUUGCAGACUGUGAUGGGCAGUGUAGGUCACUGAUCACAAGCUGUGUUUUAUACUCUACAUUGACACAGAGACACACAGGGUGACACUGAUGCACACUCGUCUGCAUUUGGAAAGGAGAUUAGUUGUCGUAGUUGUUUGGCAUUCCACUUGAAGGUCUUUAUUUUUAGCCCACAGCCUUGAUCCCCCUUUAUCAGGACCUGUGCAAUUGUGGCACAGUGAGCGAUUGUGUUACCGCUUUACUCUUGUUCCCCAAACUGCACAGCACAUAUUACAAGAGAAGAGCCGAAUCAAUGGGAAACUACAAAUCCCGACCGUCGCAGACGUGUACAGACGAGUGGAAGAAGAAGGUGGGGGAGUCGUACUCUGUGAUCGUUGAGAAGUUGGAAGAUGACCUCAGGCUCAAAGACAGUGAGCUCGUGGACCUCAAACUUGCUUUUGGCUCUGAUGAGGCUUUCCAGAAGGUGAACGUGAGCUACCGAACGGAGAAGGGGCUGUCGCUGCUGCAUCUCUGCUGCGUAUGUGGAGGGAACAAGGCCCAUAUCCACACCCUGAUGCUCAAAGGCCUGCGUCCCUCCAGACUGUCCAGGAAUGGAUUCACUGCGCUGCACCUGGCUGCUUACAAGGACGACGCUGAGCUGGUGACUGCCCUUCUUCACGGGGGGUCAGAUGUGCAGCAGCUGGGAUACGGCGCCCUCACUGCCCUGCACGUGGCGACAUUGGCUGGGCACCAUGAGGCGGCAGAUAUUCUCCUCCAGCAUGGGGCUAAUGUGAAUGUCCAAGAUGCUGUGUUUUUCACUCCGCUGCAUAUUGCUUGCUACAAUGGCCAUGAGCGGUUGGCAAAGCUGCUGCUGAAGUUUGGGGCAGAUGUGAAUGCGAGUGGUGAAGUGGGCGACCGGCCGCUGCACCUGGCCGCCGCCAAGGGUUUCCUCAGCAUCAUCAAACUGCUGAUGGGGGACGGGAGCAAAGCUAAUGUUAAUGCACAGGACAACGAAGAUCACAUUCCUCUCCACUUCUGCGCUCGUUUCGGUCACCACGAGAUUGUGCGUUUCCUGUUGCAGGGCAACUUUGACGUGCAGCCUCACUCCGUCAACAUCUACGGGGACACACCGUUGCACUUGGCCUGCUAUAAUGGAAAGUUUGCAGCAGUGAAGGAGAUCAUUCAACAUUCUGGUACAGAAAGUCUUUCAAAGGAGAACAUAUUCAGUGAGACAGUACUUCACAGUGGGUGCACCUACGGAAAAGACCUGGACAUGGUCAAGUUCUUGUUGAGUCAGAAUGCUAUGAGCAUCAACCAUCAGGGCAGAGAUGGACACACAGCCCUGCACAGUGCCUGUUUCCACGGCCACAUCCGCCUGGUGCAGUUCUUGCUGGACAGCGGGGCAGACAUGAACCUGGUCGCCUGUGACCCGAGCAGGUCCAGUGGGGAGAAGGACGAGCAGACCUGCCUGAUGUGGGCGUAUGAAAAAGGUCACGACGCCAUCGUGACCUUACUGAAACACUACAAGCGUCCAGACGACUCCCCCUGCAACGAGUACUCCCAGCCAGGAGGGGAUGGGUCCUACGUUUCUGUGCCAUCUCCAUUGGGGAAGAUCAAAAGCAUGACUAAAGAGAAAGCAGAGGUUCUCCUCCUCAGAGCCAGUCUCCCGUCGCAUUUCCACCUUCAGCUGUCUGAGCUGGAGUUUAAUGAAAUUAUUGGAUCAGGCUCCUUUGGGAGAGUCUACAGAGGCAAAUGUAGGAACAAAAUUGUCGCCAUAAAACGCUAUCGAGCCAACACGUACUGCUCCAAGUCAGACGUGGACAUGUUCUGCAGAGAGGUCUCCAUCCUCUGUCGACUCAAUCACCCCUGUAUCAUCCAUUUCGUGGGGGCGUGUCUGGACGACCCCAGCCAGUUCGCCAUCGUCACCCAGUACAUCUCCGGCGGCUCGCUGUUCUCGCUCCUGCACGAGCAGAAGAGGCUGAUCGACCUGCAGUCCAAGCUCAUCAUUGCCAUCGACGUGGCCAAGGGCAUGGAGUACCUGCACAACCUCACCCAGCCCAUCAUUCACAGGGACCUCAACAGUCACAACAUCCUGCUGUACGAGGACGGACACGCCGUGGUGGCUGAUUUUGGAGAAUCUAGAUUCCUACAAUCUGUAGAUGGGGAUAACAUGACCAAGCAGCCGGGGAACCUGAGAUGGAUGGCUCCAGAGGUGUUCACCCAGUGCACGCGCUACUCGGUGAAGGCGGACAUGUUCAGCUACGCCCUCUGUCUGUGGGAGCUGCUUACCGGAGAGAUUCCCUUUGCUCACUUGAAACCUGCCGCUGCAGCAGCAGACAUGGCCUACCAUCACGUCCGGCCUCCGAUUGGCUACUCCAUCCCCAAACCCAUCUCUGCUCUUCUGAUGAGAGGCUGGAACGCGAGUCCAGAGGACAGACCUGAGUUCUCUGAAGUGGUUUCCAGUCUGGAGGAAUGCUUGUGCAAUGUUGAGCUGAUGUCUCCGGCCUCCAGUAACAGCAGCGGGUCCCUGUCGCCCUGCUCCUCCUCCGACUGCCUGCUGGCACGAGGAGGACCUGGCCGGAGCCACGUGGCCGCCCUGCGUUCUCGCUUUGAGCUCGAGUACGCUCUCAACACUCGCGCCUAUGCCUGCUGGACUCAGAGCGAGCAACGGCGAGCAUCCGGAGGCCUUUCACUGGAGGACAUGAGAAGGAAUAUGCAGUUCCCUCCCAUCGAUCGAAAUGGGUACGUGUCCGACCCCAUGAGCACCAUGAGAUUCUGCUCUUCCUACAGCAGCAGCGGCAGCUUCGAGGACAGUAACUGACACCCAGCGCUCUUUAUUGUGACCCCGAUGAUUUUAGACCUUCAUCAAUAUGUUUGAGAAUUCAUUUUUUUAGGAGAAUUGUAAUGGAUGUCGCUGACUAAUUUGCUAACUUAACUGUUUUAGGAUCGAUUAUUUGUGAAAUCAUAGCAUCCUCUUCCCAACUCCUUGUGUUAGUUUUAUUUGAUACAUUUAUUCUUUUAUUUUUUUCUUUCUAAUAUUUACUUGAUGCUUCUAGAUACUGUAAAUAAUAUUUUGUGUUUGUGUACGUGGUUUGUACACGUUUUUGUAACCAGUGAGUAUAUUAUGCAAUGAUCAGGACUUUAAAUGUGCAAACAGUUCAUAAAAGAAAGCAGGUCACUU